GUAAGGAAGAUGUAAAUAGUGAAGCUCAGAUAAAGUUUGGAAUGGGAGAUUUCACAUUUGGGAGUUCUAGGGCAGUGCUUCCGUUAUGUAGGAAGCACGAUGAGGACAGGGAUAUGUGUUGUGAAGAUUGCAAGACCAUCUUCUGUGUGACCUGUGGCCAGACAGAACAUAAGGACCAUAGAUGGGGAAGCAUUAAAAAGAUAUCAUCAGAGAAAAAGAAGGAUAUCCCAGAAAUCUGCCAGGGGAUACGAGGCUGCAUCCAUGAAAUUACGGAAAGCUUAUCGUUCAUCAACCAAAUCGAAUACGAGCAGGAAAAAAGACACUCGGGCCAAAUCAGAAAGUUAGUGAGACAACAAGAUGAUAUGGUGUCAGAGGUUUUCAGAAUUACUAAUAACAAUAUUGAAAAGUCCAAAGAAAUAUACUCGCGCUGUCAACAAAGGCUUGUCAACUUGAAGACCAAUCUUAGCAACUUCAAACAAGACUUGCUGGAUAAGGUUAGAUUUUUGGAAACGCAGUCUGGUUGCAUGACUGGAUUUCAACUGAUCGACACGAAAAAUGAUGCCGAGGCGCUAAUGACCGAAGUUAACAACAUUGAUUUGACGGCUUACGGAUAUCUCCCUUGUUUCUUCAGGGGUAAAAUGGAUCACGCCGCCCUUGAAACUAUGUACGGCAAGCUGAUAGACCCAGAACACGUGAAAGUUAUAAGGGUAGCGAACUUUAAAAACUUUUCGAACACGAUUGUAUCCAUCCAUUCCGUGUCAGAGGAAGUUGCCUGGGUCCAUGGAUGGGACUGCAGUGCCUACCUGCUUAACACAAGCGGAGUCACUAAAAGUUCAAUAGAAAUGCAAAGUGUUUCAAAUGACUUUAUCGUAUGUUCUGAUGGAGCUCACAUUUUCACAGAUUUUGAAAAUGACGAAAUCAAGAAAUUGGAUGAAGGUGGCACAAUAUCUACCCUUGUUUCAACAAAGCCACUUACACCAAUAGGAAUUGGAAAAUCUUUGGAUGGGAACCUGUUUGUUGCGUUAGUAGACGAUUACAGUUUUAAACUAAGCACAAAUAGUAAACGUUUGAUCAAAUUAAUCUCAACUGAUGGAGAAGAAUUGACGACAUAUGAAUUUGACAAAGAUGGAACCACGAAACUUUUCACCAAACCUCAUCGGGUUUUCCACAACUAUAACAGCGAUAUUUGCGUCAUAGACCAGACCGGCCAAUCAAGCGGCGUCCUUCGAGUUCUCUCAUCAGAUGGUGCGCUUAAAUUUGAUUACCGUGGAAACUACGUGAGAAAACGUUUCGAUCCAAGGGGUUUAGUGUGCGACGCUCAGUGUAACAUAAUUGUGACAGACUGCCUCCACAAUUUCAUUCACAUGUUGAGCCCAUGCGGUGAAUUCAUUCGUUAUCUCGUAACAAAGCAGGAAGCGUUCGAUUCCCCAUACUCGGUAGAUCUUCAUAAGUCUUGUUUGUGGGUUGGUGGCAAGAAUGGCGAUAUCAGUGUUUAUAGAUACAUUUCUCAAGACUGAAUCUAUCAAUAAUUUGUGAUUUUCCGAUGUUGUGCAGUUGUAUAUAAUGACACACUCGUGACGAAGCUGGCAGUCAAAUAAAUUGAUUUAUUUUCAAGACUUGAUGAUUUCCGACUAGUAAAUUUA